AUGACUGAACCAGAGGUACCUGAUCCUCCUCGGGUGGAUGCACGGUACGCUCCAAUUGAUUAUCCUAAAAUUGGCCUGCCAAAUGGACCUGUCAAUAUUGAAGGCCGUGAUUAUCUCACGAAACAUUUGGGUACCGUCAUCCUAACCCUUCUUCACGCGAAGAUUGAAGCAGCGGAUUUUGAACGAUCCGAAUGCUGGGAUGAUAUGACUGAUUGCCAGAAGCCAUUCGGUGUUGAGGACUUUAUGGCAAUGUUGCGAUACACAUCUUCCAUGGCCAUCACUCUAACCAAAAAGAUUUGGGCAAGUAAGGGUGGAGUUCCUGCUGAGGUGGAGGACAUGCUUGCUGUCCCUGCUGACAAGGUCCCGGCCAUUGAUCUUCGCUGCCUUCGUCUAUGGUGCGUAUUGAACACCAAGAAGAAGCGUCAAGAGUUUGAAAACCCCAAAAACACAGAUAACGAUAUGAUAAAACUCAUUGAGGGGCUAAAGCAUGUCGUUGAUCCGUCUUGGGAGGUACCCGGAGUUGGUUUCAAGCCAACACAGGCAAGAAAACUUCGAAAAGUCACGGAGGGCAAGGAUAAUUCGCUCGAUUUUAUCGUCCCAAUGAUCAUCCAUAUCUGUAUAGGGAUGGGUAAGGUAAAGGGCAAACCAUUCCACGUUAUCCACGACUCGACCUCCGUUGGCAGUACCCGAGACCGCAUAAGUGGUAUGCCUCACUACUGCAGUAUGCGAUUGAACGCACGCAACCGGAUCGUCGGCGACGUCGAUAUUUCUAAGUGGAGAAAAGCUUUUGAAGAGCUUCGUGAAUUUGACGAGGUUGAAAAAGGAAUCGAGGUCAGCGACGAAAGACUCAGAGACCUCAUGACGGAUGACAAGUACACACCCCUGAAGAUCACUUGCAAAGAAGACGCAGUCCAAAUGAUGGGCCGAGCCUAUCUGGCUAAUCAGGCGAUCGGUGUGCCCGAUCUGAGAGAGCCGCUUCCUCCUGCAAAGCUGCAAGCUCUCGACAUUUGGGAGUCGAAGCCUAUCAGAGACUGUUCUAAACACAUUGGCCGGCCCUUCUCUACCGCAAUUAACACUCAACCAGCUGGUUGCUGUUGGAUGUGCAAAGUUGUCAUCAGGUACAAAGAGCCAACGGGUACUACGGUGCUACAUGACGGCCUCAACCGUAGCGCCUCCAAGAAAGACUUCAGAGACCGCAACGAAACCCCCCAUUCAUGUGCAGAAGUUAUUUGCUCUAGGUAUUGCAUUAUCUUGGAAGAUGACAAGAAACGAAGGGACACGGCAGAAAAGAUGAAGAAGGAGGAGGAGAAGAAGAAGGAGAAGGAGAGGAGGGAGGAGGAGCGGAGGAGGAUGGCCUAUCAACAGAGCAGGGCCCGGUACAGUCAUGUUGCUCGCAGAUGA